AUGACGACGAGGACGACGACGAGGAAAACGAAGCGUGGUUUUGAUGGUGGCAAAGAAGACGACGGUAAUAAUGGGAACAACGCGAAAAAACGAACCGUGGCGGAAUUGAAAUCGGAAUUAUCGAAACGCGAGUUACCCACCGACGGGGUGAAAGACGUCCUGUUGAACAGAUUGGAGAAGGCUUUGAGAGAAGAAGAAGUUCAAGAAGAAGAGAAAAGGAGUGGGACGACGAAGAGUAGGAAACGACCGCGGAAAGAAGACGAAGACAAAGAGGGAGGAGAAGAUGACGAUGAUGAUGAAAAUGUCGCCGCUGGAGCAACAACAACAACAACAACGACGACGACGACGAGAAGAAGAAGAACGAAAGAAGACGAUGAUAAAGACGAUGAAAAUGAAAAUGAAAAGAAGAAAUCGAACAACAACAACAACAACAACAACGAAAUGAGUACGACGCGGAAACAACCACCUCCGCCGCCGUUGCGAAGAGGUCGAUCGAGAUCGAAAAGCGCGGAGCCGUCGCCACCACCGCCAAUGCAGGAUGACGCCGUCGAGAAGAAACAGGGGGCAGGUAAAGAAGAAAAAGAAGAAGUAAUAAAGUUAGAAACGAUUAAAGAAGAAGGGGAAGCGAAGAAGAACAGUAGCGCCGCCGCCGCCGCCGCCGCGAUGAGAGGAAAAAUGCAGAAAGCGAAGGAGUUGAUGAAGAAGCAAAAAGCGUUGGCGGAGAAGAUGAAGAUGAAAAAGAUGGAAGCAGCGGGAGGAGCGUCGCUGCUGCCGCCGCCACCGUCAUUACCACCACCGCCACCACCGCCACCAGUAGCAGCGACAGCGCAACCACCGAUAUCGGCGCAACGCGCCAUCGAAAAAGCGCGAGAAACCGCCGCCCGAUUGGCGGCGUUGCAACAUCAACAGAAAAAGAAUACGAAAACCAGCACGGAAGCUAAGUUUGAAAAGACCGGUCCGGCGCCGGUUUUACGCGUCAACGAGAAAGGUCAAGAGGUGGACGAAAAUGGGAAAGUCAUCGUUCGAGCGAAAGAUUACUCGGCGACGACGAAAGUCAACGAAAAGCAAAAAAUGAGAGAGGCGUUUUUACAAGCCGAACGCGAAGUGGCGAUGGAAGAGAUGCGACGACGAGGCGAUACAGCCGCCGGCGGGAAAAAAGACGAGGGGACGAAAGAGGACAUGAUCGAUCCCGAAAUUGCGGUGAAGCAGAAACACAACAGGAAGAAACCGUCGCUUCAGGUGAGUCUUAUUUAG